GAGUGUGUCAGCAUGAUGGUGAUCCUGUUGAACUGUGUGACCCUUGGGAUGUACCAGCCCUGCGAUGAUAUGGACUGCCUUUCCAACAGAUGUCAAAUUUUGCAGGUAUUUGAUGACUUCAUUUUCAUCUUCUUUGCUAUGGAGAUGGUGCUGAAAAUGGUGGCGUUAGGUAUCUUUGGCAAGAAAUGCUACCUUGGAGACACCUGGAACCGCCUGGAUUUCUUCAUUGUCAUGGCUGGGAUGGUGGAAUAUUCUCUGGAUCUCCAAAACAUUAACUUGUCUGCAAUCCGCACUGUACGCGUUCUGAGACCCCUCAAAGCUAUCAACCGUGUGCCUAGUAUGCGGAUCCUGGUGAAUUUGCUGCUGGACACCUUGCCCAUGCUGGGGAAUGUUCUGCUUCUCUGCUUUUUUGUCUUCUUCAUCUUUGGCAUCAUUGGAGUACAGUUGUGGGCUGGACUGCUGAGAAACCGAUGUUUCAGGGAUGAGAACUUAACAAUACAAGGUAACAUCACCCUUCCUCCCUACUAUCAACCUGAGGAGGAGGAUGAAAAGCCCUUCAUCUGUUCACUGUCAGGAGAUAAUGGUAUCAUGGGGUGCCAUGAGAUUCCUCCACUGAAGGAGCGGGGACAUCAAUGCUGUUUGGACAAGGAUGACUAUUUCUACUACAUCUCUGUGAGGCAGGAGUUCAACGUCAGCGGCAUGUGUGUCAACUGGAACCAAUAUUACAACGAGUGCAGAACAGGCAAUUCUAAUCCACACAAAGGGGCUAUAAAUUUUGACAAUAUUGGCUAUGCAUGGAUUGUUAUAUUUCAGGUGAUUACACUGGAAGGGUGGGUGGAGAUUAUGUACUAUGUGAUGGAUGCUCAUUCAUUCUACAACUUCAUCUAUUUCAUCCUUCUGAUCAUUGUGGGCUCAUUCUUUAUGAUCAACCUAUGCCUGGUGGUCAUUGCCACGCAGUUUUCAGAGACAAAGCAGCGGGAGCACCAGCUGAUGCAAGAGCAAAGAGCACGGUACCUGUCCUCUAGCACUGUCGCCAGCUACAUGGAACCAGGAGACUGCUAUGAGGAGAUCUUCCAGUACGUCUGCCAUAUUGUGCGCAAAGCCAAGCGCCGUACUCUUGGCUUCUACAACAGCCUGCAGGAUCGACGCCUAGGCCGAACACCACCAACUACUGUCAAGCGGAGGAUGAGUAGGAAAAAUCAGAGGCAAUACAGGCGUUGCCGGAAACACAAUUCUGUUGAUUACAUGCCACCAACUCUUGGUCAGCCUAUUGCCAUGUCAGUGACCUCUGAUCCCAGCAAUUGUCCAAGCUGUCACAAGACCCAACAGGAAGCAGCCCGAAGACUUUCUGUGCUGGAUAGUGCCGAUUCAGAUCAGGAGGAAGGAGGGGAAGCCAGUGAUGAAGAUGGAGAUGGGAGGAAGGGAAGUGAGGGGGCUGCAGACCUGGAGAAGGAAGAGGAAGAUGGAGAAGAAGGCAGACAACUGACACAUUGUGGUUAUGUGUGGCAAGAAGUGAGGUUCAAGCUGAGGGGAAUUGUGGAAAGCAAGUACUUCAACCGUGGGAUCAUGAUCGCCAUCCUUGUGAACACCAUCAGCAUGGGUAUUGAGCACCAUGAACAGCCUGAAGAACUAACCAACAUUUUGGAGAUCUGCAAUGUGGUGUUUACCAGCAUGUUUGCCCUGGAGAUGAUCUUGAAACUUGCUGCCUUUGGACUCUUUGAUUAUCUCCGCAACCCUUACAACAUCUUUGACAGCAUUAUCGUCAUCAUCAGUAUCUGGGAGAUCAUCGGUCAGGCAGAUGGAGGCUUGUCAGUGCUGAGGACAUUUCGGCUGCUUAGGGUGCUGAAACUGGUGAGAUUCAUGCCUGCCUUGCGGCGUCAGCUAGUCGUGCUAAUGAAGACCAUGGACAACGUGGCUACUUUCUGCAUGCUUCUCAUGUUGUUUAUCUUUAUAUUCAGCAUCCUGGGAAUGCACAUCUUUGGAUGUAAAUUCAGCCUCAGGACAGACACAGGAGACACAGUUCCAGAUCGGAAGAAUUUUGACUCUCUGCUUUGGGCCAUUGUCACUGUGUUCCAGAUACUCACUCAGGAGGACUGGAACGUUGUUCUGUAUAAUGGCAUGGCCUCAACUUCCCCUUGGGCAUCCCUUUAUUUUGUGGCUCUCAUGACAUUUGGCAACUAUGUUCUCUUCAAUCUGCUGGUGGCCAUCCUAGUGGAGGGAUUCCAGGCUGAGGGCGAUGCUAACCGGUCGUAUUCAGAUGAGGAUCAGAGUUCGUCAAACAUAGAGGAGUUUGACAAGUGCCUGGACAGCUUGGAUCCAAAGCUCUGUGCAGUUCCUAUGACCCCAAAUGGACAUCUUGACCCCAGCAUUCCUUGUCUCAACCAACCUGGGGCAGCUGCUGGAAUUAUUCAUCCUUCCCGCCAUACUCUGCAGCCAGAGCAAGUUCUUGUUGCCCUUGAAUCCAGGAAAAGCAGCGUGAUGUCUCUGUCUAGCUCUCGUAGUUCUCACUAUGGAGCAUGGGGCCGGAGCGGGGGCUGGGGCAGCCGGCGCUCCAGCUGGAACAGCCUUGCAAGAGGCCACAGUCUCAAACACAAGCCUCCUUCAGCUGAGCAUGAGUCACUCUUAUCUGGGGAAAGGCACCGGACCUCUGAGGGAGAACGAGAAGGUCUGGUCAGAGUGCGACACCAUCGACGGACACUCUCCCUAGAUACUAAAGGCUCCUCUGAUCUGGUUGAGUUGGCACCAUCUGGCCCACCCAAUCACAGGGCGUCACGGAGGAUAGGUGUGACCACAGGGCCUACUGAGCAUCAGAACUGUAAUGGUAAAAUGCCAGCUAUCACAAAGGACAUCUUCCCAGAAAUGAACAAUCGCAAGGACCAUGGAGAAGAUGAGGAGGAGAUAGACUAUAGCCUAUGUUUCCGCAUCAAAAAGAUGAUAGAGGCUUACAAGCCAGACUGGUGUGAAUUACGGGAGGACUGGUCAAUCUACCUCUUCUCACCACAAAACAGGUUCCGCAUCCUCUGCCAAACUAUUAUUGCUCAUAAACUCUUUGAUUACAUCGUCUUGGCCUUCAUCUUCCUGAAUUGCAUCACUAUUGCCCUGGAGAGACCUCAGAUUGAACAGAGGAGUACAGAGAGAAUCUUUCUUACAGUUUCUAAUUACAUCUUCACAGCAAUCUUUGUUGCUGAAAUGACAUUGAAGGUAGUCUCCCUUGGCCUAUAUUUUGGGGAACAGGCCUAUCUCCGGAGCAGUUGGAAUAUUCUGGAUGGCUUCUUGGUGUUUGUGUCUAUCAUUGACAUCGUAGUUUCAGUGGCCUCUGCUGGUGGAGCCAAAAUUUUGGGGGUUCUACGAGUUCUCCGACUACUGCGUACUUUACGCCCACUCAGGGUCAUAAGCCGCGCACCGGGCCUCAAGCUGGUCGUUGAGACGCUAAUUUCUUCCCUCAAGCCUAUUGGGAACAUUGUCCUCAUUUGCUGUGCUUUCUUCAUCAUCUUUGGCAUUCUUGGGGUGCAGCUCUUUAAGGGGAAGUUCUUCCAUUGCCUCGGUGUGGAUAUCCGAAACAUCACCAACAGGUCGGACUGCAUGGCUGCCAAUUACAAGUGGGUACAUCACAAAUACAACUUCGACAAUCUGGGCCAGGCUUUGAUGUCCCUGUUUGUGCUGGCUUCCAAAGACGGCUGGGUCAACAUUAUGUACAAUGGACUGGAUGCUGUUGCUGUUGACCAGCAGCCUGUGACCAACAAUAACCCUUGGAUGCUCCUCUACUUCAUUUCCUUUUUGCUCAUCGUCAGCUUUUUCGUGCUCAACAUGUUCGUGGGAGUGGUUGUGGAGAACUUUCACAAAUGUAGACAGCAUCAAGAGGCAGAGGAGGCCCGCCGUCGAGAGGAGAAACGGCUGAGACGCCUGGAGAAGAAGCGUAGGAAAGCACAGCGCUUGCCGUAUUAUGCCACCUACUGUUCUGUCCGCCUUCUCAUCCAUUCAGUCUGCACCAGCCACUACUUGGACAUCUUCAUCACCUUCAUCAUUUGCCUCAACGUCGUCACCAUGUCCCUGGAGCACUACAACCAGCCAAUGUCUCUGGAGACUGCCCUCAAGUACUGCAACUACAUGUUCACUGCAGUCUUUGUGUUGGAGGCCGUUCUGAAGCUUGUGGCCUUUGGGCUGAGACGUUUCUUCAAAGACAGGUGGAACCAACUGGACCUGGCCAUUGUUCUGCUCUCAGUCAUGGGCAUCACUCUGGAAGAGAUUGAAAUCAACGCUGCCCUUCCCAUCAACCCCACCAUCAUUCGCAUCAUGAGAGUGCUGCGCAUUGCCCGAGUCCUGAAGCUGUUGAAGAUGGCGACCGGGAUGCGGGCCUUGCUAGACACAGUUGUGCAAGCGCUGCCACAGGUGGGAAACCUUGGCUUGCUGUUCAUGCUCCUGUUUUUCAUCUAUGCUGCCCUCGGAGUGGAGCUCUUUGGAAAGCUUGUAUGCAAUGAUGAGCACCCCUGUGAGGGAAUGAGUCGGCAUGCUACCUUUGAGAACUUUGGGAUGGCUUUCCUCACGCUAUUUCAGGUCUCCACAGGUGACAACUGGAAUGGAAUUAUGAAGGACACCCUUCGUGACUGCACCCAUGAUGACCGGAGUUGUCUCAGCAAUCUGCAGUUCAUCUCACCACUGUACUUUGUGAGUUUUGUGCUCACGGCCCAGUUUGUCCUCAUCAAUGUAGUAGUAGCUGUACUCAUGAAGCACCUAGAUGACAGCAACAAGGAAGCACAGGAGGACGCCGAAAUGGAUGCUGAGAUUGAGCUUGAGAUGGCCCAUGGGCUGUGCCCAUGUGGCUCUAGCUCGCCAGGCUCCGGACAAGAUGGAGGAGGUGGAAGAGUGGACCCUGAAGGACACCUAUGCAUGACGUGUUACUCUCCUGCACAGGAGAACUUAUGGCUGGACAGUGUCUCUUUAAUUAUUAAGGACUCCUUCGACGGGGAGUUAAUGAUCAUCGAUAACCUAUCGGGCUCCGUCUUCCAUCAUUACUCCUCGCCGGCCAUGUGCGAGAAGUGUAACCAUGACAAGCAAGAGGUCCAGUUGGCUGAAAUGGAAGGCUUAUCACUGAACUCUGAUAAGUCUUCUAUCCUGCUAGGGGAUGAUGAAGACAACCACAGCGUUGAUCAGCUGAGCCCUAAGGAAACUCAGGAUGGUCUGGACAGUACCAACUCCCUGGGGAUGGAAGAUUUGGAGGAAUGUCUCCUAUCCUUGGCAGACCCAGAAGCUUCUCCAGCUCCAGAAAGUUAUUUAUGUGAAAUGGAAGAAACUGCCUUUAGUCCAGUCCAGUCUUGGCUGAAGAAUGAGGGCAACCAAGGUCCUACUACCCCCUUCUCUUCAGAUACAAGCAAUCCUCUGUUACCAGUUCCAGCAGAGUUUUUCCAACCAGUUGUCUCUGCCAAACGACCAGCUCAGGAGAAAGCUUCCUGCCCAGAGAAUCUCCCUAAAAUCUCUCUGCAGGCUUCUUGGGUAUCACUGCAAUCUCCAAGUGUGAACUGCUCACUUAUCCACCAGACCACUGAGAGUGAUACCUCCCUGGAUGACAGCAGGAGCAACAGCUCAGAGGGCAGCUUGCAGACCACACUGGAGGACAGCUUAAACCUCAGUGACUCGCCCCAAUGCACACUGGACCUCCCAGUAACACUGUGCCCAGUGCCAGCAGCCGCCACCCAAAGAGCUUUAGUGGCACCACUUUCCCCUGCCUCUCGAAGGCAGAGCUUGAGGGGUCGAGGGAUUUUCACUCUCCAGAACAUCAGGCGGCACCAACGGAGCCACAGCAGUGGUGGGAGCACCAGCCCUGGUUGCACUUACCAUGACUCCAUGGACCCUUCUGAUGAGGAAGGUGCUGGGAACAGCUUAAGGGGUGGAGGCACCAACAAUGACCAUUCGGAUACUCUCAGCAGUCUCUCUCUCACUUCCCUCUUCUCGCCUCCCCCUCCACCCCAAGGUCUGGCACUCAUGAAGAAGUGCAACAGCACCAGCAGUCUUCAUGCCAAUCCUUCUUCCCGGGGUUCUGCAGGAACUGAAGCUAAGCAGUUCUACUCGGUUGACCCAAGAGGGUUUCUCUCCAUGCCUUCAUGGGUGACGGACUUCUGCAAGAACAGCCCUUCUCCAAGGGAGGACGAGGUGCCAGACCUGGACUCAGACAGCCUUGUGACUGUGGAUCACAGCUCCCCAGCUCCUCCCGAGUUGGAACUGGGAAGUGGGGUUAGCAAGAGGAACAGAUGAGGUUUCCUGGGAGGCUGGGAGGAAAAGCAAACUCUGAACAAAAAAAGCGUGGUUUUGGCUAGUAUUUCCUGACAGCAGUUCUACAUGUGGGGGACUGUGGAAAAGGAAACAAGCAAGCAGCGUGAAAUAUAAAUAUGUUUGUCAGUGUGCGUGUGUGUGUGCGUGCAUACGUGUGUGUGGAAAGCAAAGACUUUUGUACUAUACCUCAGAGACACGAGAGCGUGAAAGCAAUAUGUGAACACCCCACUCAUGCAUGGGACCACUGCUCCUGCAGCCCGAACAGUGGGAGAAAGGAAAUCCAGAGACAACAGUGCCAGGUUAAAGUGAGGGAAGGACCUCCUGCAGAGUAACUGGCUGGAGGCAGCCAUUUACUCCUCUGCUAUACAAAUAUAUAUGUACAGAUAUACAGAAUGAUUUAUUUAUUUUUUUUACAGAGCGCUUAGGACUUUCAGAAAGUGCUAAGCAUGAAAAAGGGCAGGGAUUUUGGGGGCGGGGAAAUCAUUUCAACAUGAAACGAGGAUCAACCACAAGCUGGCUUUUAUCUCUUUGGGGUAAAUCUCAAUGGUUCGUUCCUCUGCUGACCUCCAAAAGAUCCGUCUAGCUUUGCGAUGUAGGUAUCUUGGGGUGAAUACAAGAUCCACAGUUGGAGUUUAGGACAGAGGAGUUUCUCAGGUAGGAUUGCAAAAAGUUAUUAAAUAUUUAAUUGAGGAUCUUGCCCACCCAGCUGAACAGCCAGGUGGCCGUGGGGCAUCGAGGGCCAUUCAGAGUUGCUUUAAAACACAAGGGAAUGAGACUGCUAGCAGUCACAUGGCAACUACUGGAUGCUUCAGUUUUUGUUGAUUUUGCCUUUUUGCUGAGAAAGAAAGCUGCUAAGGGGAAACCGUUCUGUGAUGUCAAGGGUUUUUGUUGGGGUGGGGGUUAUUAAGGGUUUCCCCCCUUGAUUUUCAGUACUUGUGAAGAAUAUAUUUUAGAAGCCCAGAGGUGCAAAAACCAUCUCUAGAGAAAAGUUAUUUUUUACAAAUAUAUCAAAUGAAAAAAUAAAAUUUGAGAGAAUGUUGGGGGGUGGGGGGACUGACAGAAUGAAUCUCAAAUGUAAAACAUGAUCACCUUUCAUGUCCAAGCUGGGUCUCCAAUUUUUUGACCAGUGAGUAUUCAGAGCAACCCUUGAAUGACUGUUCUUUUUAUAGCUUGAUAAUCUAAUUGAAUCCGGUGGCUCUUGAAUGGCAUCAGAUGCCUCUAGCCAGUUGAACAAUUCCAACCAAUUUGCAUUGGGGGGGGGGGGGGAGGUUAGUCUGUGUGCAUGUGUGUGUGUGUGUGAUUGUUUGCGCAUCUGCAAUACAAUGGGUAAUUUAUUCACUAGCAAAUGUUUGGAAUGGUUGUUGCUCACCUUUUCUGUGCUUUGCAAAUGGAGGGCGGAUUGAUUACCAGGGAAAUCGAGGGGAUGUAAUAGGUGGUUUGAUGAGAUUUGCUCAGUUAUACCAAUGUCAUCACUCAGUAUCCAAAAAAAAUUCUCUCUCCCUAUUAUAUAACCACCCCCAGUGACUCAGUCCCCCUUUUAGGGUGCCUUUGUACCCAGUCUUUCUUUUCCAUCGCUAACCAAGCCCUCAGCCAGGAAGACUGGUUUCUGGAAAGGAGUAUCUUUUUUCAGUUUUAAGGCAGGGAUAGGGCAUUCAGAAAAAUCAUUUUUUAAAAAAAAAUCAAGAUCGCCAACUGACUAAAAAACAAACAGUCUGGCCUAUGUCUUUGACAAACACUUGACCAAUGUGAAUCCAGGCAUAAAGUUUUUAAUGGCAUGAAGGUAAAACGUUUUCACUUGCUAACAGCUAAAGAUCAAAGUGAUGUUAAAGGCACAGUUACAGGGGCCAGUUCAAAAGUUGGCAACCUACUUUAAAGGGCUUUGUGGGGGGAGGGAACUGGCAAAAGAAGCCCCUCUUCCCUUCUAACAGGUUCCUCUCAACUGGGAGGCACAUGGCAUAGUGGAGGGGGGAAAGGGAUGUUUGUCCCCAGAAAUGAACACUCCUUUGCUCUACCACAAGUGGACCACACCUGCCUCUGUGGUCACUUUCGGCUUCAGCAGCCAUGACCAGUCCGGUUAAUUUAUGGGGGAAAGUGUUAUUUUCAAUUUUUAAAAAUGCUGCUUUGUUCUAUGUAUGGUAAAUUCAUCUCCUCAAAAGUGAAUAUGUGUUUAUUUAAAAAUAGAGCCUGAACUGGGCAGUGUCUGGGAGACAAGACAGAGCAGGAGUUUUCAUUGCUUGCAGAAGAGUAAUGGUCUGUGUUAAUAAAGCAAUAACAAGGGUCUUAAUUUUUUUAAAUGUUUAUGUUGUGCUAAUCUGUGGUGUGUACCCUGCCUGUUCUCCCUUGAAAGGGGGAAGGGUUGAGGAGAGAAAUGGCAGUCCCAUAAAGUGCAUGCUCUUACCUGACAGAAACAUGGCAGCAGUCUCUGUCAAACAUUAUAAUCAGAAACUGAAAUAGAUCAAAUUAGCUUCUCCAUCACCACCUCAAGCUGAGACUUAUUUACUUCGCGAGGCCUGGAGCCUCUGGCUUUGUAUGUUUACAGGGGAGGAAUCGAUUGAGAAUUUCAGGAUCAGAUUCAUAACCAGCAUAGUAGCCCAUAUUCAGACAGCCAAAAGACUUGUAGAGAUCUGUUCCAUAGCUAGGGAUCCUAUGUUCCUGUUGGAUCCUGCUUAUGGAAAUCUUUAGAAAAAUUCCAUAGGAAACCCAAUCCAAUACAGCUUUAUCACAUAUACACACUCAUAAAAUAAUCCUAAAAAUCUUUAUAUUAACUGAAAAUUUGAAAUGGACCCAUCGUCUGUGAAGAGACCUUUUUUUAAAAAAGCCACUCACAUUCUGACAACAUGUGCACCAGUUUAUUACUACUUACUUCACAUGUAACCUUAAAUGUUGAGGAAAGGAGUAUGAAAAGGAUCUGUGUUGCCCUAAGAAUGGCUGGAAAAAGACUGAGGAAUUCAGAAAUGGAAGAUGGGUAGCCUUGAGAGGGAAUUCUUUGCCCUUCCAACCCCUGUCAAUUCUUCCUGGCAGCCAUCCCCACUUCCACUCUUAUAUUAUUUAUUUUAUUUUAUUUAUGUCCCGCCUUCCUCCAGCACAAAGUUGGGGUCAAGGUGGCUUCCAACAUCAAUCACAUAAUAAUAUACAAUUUAAAAAUCAGGUGUUAUAAUAAAAUUGAUUAGAUAAAACUCUCUUCAUUUAAAACAUAAUAAUCUAUUCCUUUAUCUCUUUGGACCUCCAAUGAUUAUGGUCAGAUGUGGUCAGGGGGGAUAAAAGUGAGAGAUCCAAAGGGGGGAGAGGAAGACAGGAGGGAGACCAGCUUAUGUGUAGACUAUGCUAUCCUCAACUAUAAGUCAGGCAGAACAUCUCUUCCUUACAGGCCCUGUGGAACUGAGCUAGGUCCUGCAAGGCCUGGGUCUCACUAGACAGAGAGUUCCACCCUGCCAGGGCCAGAGCCAUUAAAAAAACCCUGACCCUGGUCAAUUGUUAGGUCUUGGACCAAUAAGCAGACUCUAGAAAAAAGGAUCCAAAGUCUUUAUUGGGUUGGCAGCAAGCACUCAGCUUCAUAGCCAGUUCUGGCAAUCCUGGCUUUUACAGUAAUAUUAAUUCCCCUCUGAUUCCUUGGGACUCCCUCCUCCCUUCUUCCCAUAGAAUAUGAGAACAAUGAGGUGUGAAAGACUUUGUUUUCAAAGACAAGAAGUAUCCCAAGGCCAAAGUGGUAGUCUCCUGUUGGGCUGUGCCCGCGACCUCCAUUCCUCCCUCCUCCCUUCCAGAGUCCAAUGCAGAGGUAGCCUAGUUAUCUUCAUUACACAGGGCAUAGAAACAGAACAAAAGGUCCAUUAAUAUAUGACAGGUGUGGGUACAUAGAAGGUCAACAUUUGCACCCUUGCCCCAGCAGAGCUGAUUCCUCUAAGCCCAGAUGUGCCUCUUGGCACCUCUGUGUCUACUGUCGGGAGGGGGCAGGUACAACUCCUGACAUCAAUGAUAGCAGGAUAACUCAGACCAGGGACCACCAGGAGAUUAUUACCCUGAGAGCAUAAACACUCACUGGGGGAUAUACCAGGACAAACAUGAGGUUGCAAGCCUGUGCUCAUCUUGUACUGUGUAAUUCAAUUCUGAGAGCCAUGUACACUCAAAGAAGAGGGCAGGAUCAAAAUCCCAAUCAUACAAUCCUAAGAUUGCUUCAUUGGAAGCAAGUCCUAUUCUCCAGUGAUGCUUGGGUAGGGAAAAGUGCCUCCAUUUGGUUGCAGGUAGUAUCAUCUUGCAAAGACACCAAGAGUGGUAGCUUCUCUCAGAAACCCCUGGCUAACCUUCCCCAGUUAGCAGUAUACAGGGGCUGUAUGAAGGUCUAGUCAGAUCUCUGAAAUGUACAAGUUUAUGACAUUUUUCCAAACCUAGCAGAAACUGCGUUGGGAGAGAGAAUGUCAGAGCUGCAUGAAACUAUUAUUUUACUUUAGGUUUAAGUUCAUCAGUUUGGAUCCAUCAGGUUCCUAUCUUUGACAGAUUUCUCAGAGGUUUGCAUACAUGUCCCUAUACUUCCUUUUCACAGUAAGCUUCUGUGCUUCAUCUAACCUAACUAGCACUUCCAAUUUUGGACUUCAUUAUUAUCCUCCCAUCCUGAUAGCUAUGGCUGCUGCUGCAUUUUUACAAUGAAUAACAGUGUUUCUAUCUAUAGUCAAGAUUUUCAUCCUUUCAAAGUGCCAUAAAUGUCUCAGCUGUGAUCUGCUACUUCCAGGACCAUGGGUGUAUAAACAGCUUCCUCACUCUGAAUGAUAGAAUAUCUUGUUAAUGGGAGGAUGAAACAAGAACAAAGGCUUGAUGAAUCAAAUCUUAUUACAGACUCAUGUGGCAUGAACAAAGUUAACCCAUUUGUUGGGCAUGCUGGUAUCCUAUCAGGAUGUCAUUCCUUGGGUAAGGGUCCAUUUAAGACUGCUUAGAGUCUUCUCUUGCCUUUUCAGGAUCAGAUUGUCUGGCAACCUCACCUGAUCCUAUAUCAGAAGUAAAUCAAGUGAUUCACUGGUGCCUCAAAUUAGUUUAUUUGUCUUCAAGAAGCCUGUUCAUGAACCCUCUUUAUGUCAGUGUCUUGAGCUACAGAGCUCACAUUCAAGAUCAGCUCAGUAAAAUAACAUUGUCUAAGUCAGAAGCCAAAGAAAAGCUGGAGAUGAGGGCAGUCCAGCUACAUCUUGCAGCAUGUCUAAAUUGCUCCCAAGGGCAUAAACAUUCUAAUGCAUCCAGGCAAGUAAUAUGACAGAAAAUAACAAACAGAAAGGCCUAUCAUGCUACUUUGAUCCAUGAAAGUAGAAUACAGCAUUAGAGCUUUGAACACAAUCACAGAUUGGGCAAAACAAUAAAUUCUCAAGGAACUGGAAUGGGUACUGCAAUCAGAUUUUGUUCAGAUCACCCAACGAUUGAAAGGAUCUUGGUUGGAUUCUCUGAAACCAUUAGCUCUACCUUUUCUCUGCAACAAAAUGGUCCUUAGAUAUGGUUAUGUGACUGACCAACGAGACCUUUUGUACCUUUUCUCCCUUCAGGAAGAUACCUAGAGUCACCCAAAAGAUCUGAGAAUAAUGGUUGAAAGUACUUCUGAUGGCUUCAUAGAGCCCAGAGGUCAUGAUUUUCAGAUUUUCUCAGAAUGUUCAUAGCAACAUCUUCCUUCCUGACUGAAAUUUUUGACCCAGGAUAUAAUAUCACACACUCAUGUGCACAUUCCACAACAGUGUGCAAGUUGAGUGGCAGCAACUGGGCAUGCAAAGCUAUUCAGAGGGUGUCUUUUAAAAAAUAAGAUUCAUUAUUAUUUUUUAACAUUUGUUUUGGCCCUGAAAUUGUAAGGUCAGAUUAUCAGAUUCUUGGUCAUGCUGGAUACUGUUUUAUCCAUGAAAUGCUAAGCAAAAAUGCCACAGCAAGCUACAGAAUGCUCCAAAUUUACACUAUUGGGACAAGGGGGAGAAGCCCCUUAACUAUUUGGAAGAACUCAGCUGGAUGGUUAUAUACAGAUGUGCACACAUGAUGCUGCCUUAUAAUGAAUCAGACCACUGAUUCAUAUCACCUGCUAUGAAAUGUUUUAACUGAAGAUCCUGAAAGUCAAACCUGGGACCUCCUGCAUGCCAAGCAGAGGUUUUACCACUGAACCAUGGUCUCUCCCCAGAUGCAACACUUGUAGAGAACUAAUGCCUCUUUCCUAACAAUAUUGUAACAGAGCAGUCAUCACAGUGUGCAGUUAUUCAUUCAUUCAUUCAUUCAUUCAUUCAUUCAUUCAUUCUAUUUAAAGGCCUCCUUUCCUCUUACAAGCUCAGGGUAGCUUCCAACAUAAAACAGAAGAAAAUCCAUACAAUGUCUCAAUAAGCCUAUGGUAAUCUAAUAUUAUUUCUACCAGAUGGUGUUAAAAACUCAAACUUAUUGAUGAAAACAGAUUAAUUUCCCUCACUUCUCAUUUCACACAGAAUCAGAAAAGAAGAAAAAACAAGAUACAGGCAUAACGCAAGAAAAUGGCACCUGGUGCAAGAACUAAUAUUGCACCCCCAGCCCCCCCCCCCCCAAAUUGUGCCCUCUCCUCAAAACUGGGUAGGAGAGGAAGAGAACUGACAAGACAACAAGCCGGUGGAGGGAGAGUGCGAGGCAGCAGGAGAGCAAGCUGGCGAACAGGAAAGUGAGGAGGGUGAGCAAGCGGGUGGGAGAGUGUGGCAGGAGGACAAGGUGGCAUUGUGCAGCCACUGGUGGAAAGGCCAUCCUCCCAACAUUCCACCCACUCCUCCUCCUGCCUUCCUCCAACCCAGGAGCAAGUUGGUGAGGCAGCGGUAGAUUGCCAUGAGCUGCCUCUCUGGCCCAGCCCAACACUCUCCACUCCCGCGGCUGCCAGCUUUCAGGCCCCCAACAGCUACUUGGCCUGGUGGGGCAGUGCUGAGUUGCCAUAUGCUGCCUCACAUGCCCAGCACAACUCUCUCCCCUCCUUCACCUGCCUUCUUCCUGGCCCCCAACAGCCACCCAGGUGGGCAGGACAAUGCCGAGUUGCCAUGCAGAAGAAGCAAAAGGUAACCGGGGGGUGGGGUGGAGAAGGUGGGCAGGCAGGAAAAGCAGCAACCUUCCCACCAGCCUGGUCAGUCCUCUGCCAGCCUCCCCCUCCCCCUAUCUAGAUCCCAUUUUAUUUUAUUUUAAAAUGGGCUUUAUUGCUAGUUUAAAUGUUUUUCUGUAUUACAAAUAUUUAAGUGUGGCCAUUUCAGUCUCUACAAAAUAAUAUCAAAAAAUCCACUUCCACCUCGAUGGAUUUAUUUACCAAAUAUGUUCUUUCAUAGACUCUUACUGCCUUUUAAGAUGUCCUGUUAAGACUUCUUGUAUAAACAUUCUACCAGCUAGUUUCUCUACCUUGCAGCUAACCAGUAUCUAAUGAAGCUUACAAAAGUUUAUGCAUUCUAAAUUUUAAAAAUUCAUAUUAAAGAGACAACCAGAUUUUCUUAGUAUUAGUUUUUCUGUUAUUGGCAUAAGGUUUUGGGCUUAGCUCCUUUCUAAAAAUUUUGUCAGAAUCUUGUGAUAGGAGGAUUCAUUUUUAAGCAUCUGGAUCAAUCUGGGAAUCCUCCCCAUUGGUGUCUUUGUAAGCUGACCCUAUCUGUGACCAACAGGACAUGAUUUCCCAAGUGCCACUGAGAAUUCACCAUUAAUACCAAAUCCCUCUUACUUCUCAAUUCAGGUGCAUACUAGUAUGUGACCACCUGGCAAUGAAUCAUAUGGAGAAAUUGCGUAAUCUAUUGGGACAAGAGGAGAUAAGGACUGUGCUGCUAGAAAAAUGAAUCUGUUAUCUCAGCUGCGGUUGUGCAGUGCCAGCCUUCAUUGUAGGAGACAUUCAAUGUGUCUCCUAUUUGAAGGUAGCUCUGCCAAUUUGGAACUAUACAGAUACCAACCAGCUUACAUUAUGUGAGGCUCUUACUCUGAAUUUAUAACAGCACAAACAACUUUGCACUACCAACUAGAUCCCAUCCUUCCUUCAAAAUAUAGAUUUGUUGCUUGCAUUUUUGUUUCACGACACAAGUAAAAGGCUUCUGGCCUAGGAGAGGAGUUACCAUGACAACUGAGAACUUGGUUAUCUUUAGAGAAUAUUUUGUCUCUCCCUUUUAAUUAUUUACUAAUGGUUUUGAAGAAGAAAAACGAAGCAUCUAUUUCUACCCAGAGAGUGAGUUGUUACAACAUGACAUAAUUGGUUACUUUUUCAAAAGGGAUUUGGGCAUAUUAGGUCAGAGUGGGAUUUCUGCUCUGUAUUUGAGGGGGUCUACUUAUGCCUGGUUGAUUUUGUUUUUCACAGAGGCUCUCUUUCUAGUCCCUUUACAAGGAAAGUCAUAUGAAAAUGCAGAUCCCUUGUUUUUGUGCUCAUGUGGGAAUUUCUUAGAUCUCUGAAGGUACUAUGGAAGGGUAGAGGUCUCAGUAGAAAUUCUUCCCAGUAUUGUGAGGUAAACAAAACAAAACACAAGGAGACAAAUGCACUUUGUGUAGAAAGUUUUGAACAUUAAAGUAUUGCCUUUUGACAGGA